UCCAACACCAUAUAGUAAGUAAAAUAUAUUCAGCUAUGGCUACCCUUAUUGCUCCCAUCAACCAUUUCCCUGUUGAGGAUGCAAAUGCCCUUCACACUGCUUUCAAAGGAUGGGGUGCUGAUGACAAGACCAUCAUAGCAAUAUUGGGUCAUAGAAAUGUUUAUCAAAGGCAACAAAUUAGAAAAGCUUAUGAAGAACUUUUUCAAGAGGAUCUCAUCAAACGUCUUGAGUCAGAAAUUUCCGGUGACUUUGAGAGAGCUGUGUACCGUUGGAUGUUGGAGCCUGCAGACCGUGAUGCUGUUUUGAUCAAUGUAGCAGUUAGGAAUGGCAGCAAAGACUAUCAUGUUGUUGCUGAAAUUGCUUCUGUGCUAUCAGCUGAAGAGCUCUUAGCAGUGAGGCGCGCCUAUCAUAACCGCUACAAGCGUUCCAUCGAAGAAGAUGUGGCCGCUCACACCACUGGUCAUCUUCGUCAGCUUUUGGUUGGAUUGGUGAGCUCAUUUAGGUAUGAGGGAGAUGAAAUCAAUGCAAAAUUAGCACAAAAUGAAGCUAAUAUUAUUCAUGAAAGUGUCAAGGAAAAGAAAGGCAACAAUGAAGAAGAAGUCAUUAGGAUUCUCACUACAAGGAGCAAGACUCAACUUGUGGCAACUUUCAAUCGCUAUAGAGAUGAACAUGGAACAUCCAUUAGUAAGAAAUUGUUGGAUCAAACAUCUGAUGACUUCCACAAGGCAUUGCACACAGUUAUCCGUUGCAUCAAUGACCAUACAAAGUACUAUGAGAAGGUUCUGCGCAAUGCAAUCAAAAAAUUUGGAACAGAUGAGGAUGGACUCAACCGUGUGAUUGUCACAAGGGCUGAGAAGGAUUUAAGGGAUAUCAAAGAGCUCUACUACAAGAGAAAUAGUGUUCAUCUUGAAGAUGCAGUCUCCAAGGAAAUCUCAGGAGACUACAAGAAGUUCAUCCUCACUCUUUUGGGAAAACAAGACUAAAAUUCACUUGCUAUAAGGGUAUAUCUAUAAUGUGUUUGAGUUAUGUUGGCAUGUUGUUAUGAUUUCAUUAGGUUAUUUUCCAAAUAAGAUUGUGUUUUGUUAAGGUCUUAUCUCUUGUGUUGUUUCCUUUGGGAUAUCUUUUUUAUAUUUGGACCAAUCGAAUGUAUAAUGGAAUGAAUUGAGUUAAAAUAAAAUGAUUUUAUGUUUGGAUGAU